CAACUUGAACUCGCUACUAGUGUUCGUGCCUGUGCUGAAGAGCUGAAAUCUAAAACAAGAUCUAUGAAUAUUUCCAUUGGCAAUGUCGGGGUCAUGGCCUCUCCUAAGGGCCGGACUGUCGAUGGAUUCGAGACUCAGUUCGGCACAAAGCAUAUAGCCCAUUUUCUAUUAUUUUACCUGGUCAAACCUCUAUUGCCUUCCUCGUCGACCUCUGUAUUCCAUUCUCGGGCUGUCUACCUUUCAUCUAGCGCCCAUAGAACCUCUUCAGUUCAAUUUGAUAACCUCGGCUUGGAAGGAGAAUACGAGCCCUGGAAACCUUAUCGUCAGACCAAGACCACCAAUCUAUGGACCGCCAGUCAGAUCGAAUAA